AUGCUGAGCGGCGUGAUCACACGGGUCGCCACGCCGCCACCGCACGUGAGAUUCGUGGAGAUCGCCCUCGAGUCUGGGCUCACAGCGUCUGAGACCUGUCCAUUCCCAGAGUCUGCCUCGAGUCAUUCCCCCGUCACCCAAGUCCACCACAUUCCCUCAGUCCGUUUCCACCAGUCCGCCCAGUCCAGUCAGUCCGUCCCCAGUCCACAGUUCCCCAGUCCGCUCACCAGUCCCCGCCCAGUCCAAGUCCCCAUUCCCUCAGACCGUCUCCAGUCCCUCAUCCGUUCCCCCAGUCCAUUCCUCACUCCGUCCUCCCAGUCUGUUCCCCCCCAUUCCUCAGUCCGUUCCCCCAGUUCCAUUCCCAGUCCGUUCCCCAGUCCAUUCCCCAGUCCCCCCCCAGUCCAUUCCCCAGUCCCCAGUCCGUUCCCCAGUCCCUCAGUCCCGUUCCCCCCACAUUCCCCCAGUCCAUUCCCCAAGUCCCCCAGUCCGUUCCCCUGUCCAUUCCUCAGUCCGUUCCCCCAGUCCAUUCCCUCAGUCCGUUCCCCAAGUCCAUUCCCCCAGUCCGUUCCCCCAGUCCAUUCCCGGUUCCCCCCAUUCCUCAGUCCGUUCCCCCAGUCCAUUCCCCAAUUGAAUGACUACAAUUAUGUUUGUCAUGCAUCGCCUUACAUAUACGUGGGCAUGUGCUAUAGGAAUAACCGUAUAACACAUAAUGCUCUUCGGUCUGCCAUGUGUCUGUCCAACCCAGCCCGGAGGCCCACAGACGCCCCUCGCAACGGCCCAGUUUCCAGGGGCGGCCUCCCCGCGGCGCCCUCGGAACACACGGCCUUGAUCUCUGCCCUUAGGGGACGACGUCGCAUAUCGGGGCUGGAUCACGCCCUCGUUCUGGAGAAAAGGUUAUGGCACGGACCUCUGACACUCUGA